CACAGCAGGACAUUGGGGCAACUGAGGGUCACUGCAAAGACACUGAGGCCGGUGAGGAUCAUCACACAACACAGAAAUGGUGCUAGUGAGGGUCACCACUCACCACAAAGACAACGAGUCCGGUGGGGGUCACUGAAAGACAGCAGGGCAUGUGAAGGGCACUGGAGAUGGUGAGAGAAGAGGGCAAGUUUGAUUAUGAAGACACAGACGUGACAGAUGGUUAUGUUUCAGACACAAAUAAAGCUUCAAUCAGUUAGUGACUCUUUUUUUUUCUUGAUUAAGUCUGAACACAGUCUUUAGAUUAAUGUAUAAAAUAUUACAUUUAACAGAAGCCAAAAUUCUGCACUUAAAAGUUAAGCUAUUUACAUGUACUCCACAAUAAACAGGUAUUUUUAUAAUUAUAAAGCGCAUAUUAGACAGUUUGAAUAUCUAAAAAGUUAUUUUAAUUGGACUUAAGUUAAAUCACAUGUAUUGUUAUUAUAAACCCUAUAUGGAAAUGUUAUGGUGGUAAAGAAUAAACAUAGUUUCUUCCUGUCAUAAGCUCGUGCUAUUAAAUAUCACUGUCUACCACUUUACUAACACAAGUAAUCGCCUUUAGGUUUAGAGUAGUAAUAGAGAAGAUCUGAUUGAACAGAUGGUCUCUUGAUUAAGGUUGAUACUGACGCAUGCAGGAAGCGUUUUCCAGUCAACCAGUGCUGAAGUAUUACAUGAAGAGGAGAGACACGUUUUCCUGAAGAAAUACAGGCCUUGCAAAGAUGAUAACAAGGAUGAAGCAGUUGAACUUCAUACACUCUUUUGCAUUUGAUGGCUCGCAGAUGACAGAACAUUAAGUGAAGUGUCAUACUAGAUUCAGGUAUCCUCUUCAGAUCUACCAGUUUGAGGCAGAGCAAUUACCAUGGAAAAUGCAAGCAUGUCUUUCAAAAAAGAAACCUGCGUGGAACUUAUCUACAGGAAUAAAGUCAAGUGGAAACCAGGGGCUCUUCUGCUUGUGUGUGUGUGUGUGUGGCUUCUGUGCUCUCAGUCAGUGUCCAGCAGCAACCAAAGCUCUCGAGGCCAAACGGGCCGGUCUGAAGUUAAGCCGGGAACCUGUGAAGUGGUGGCAGCUCAUCGUUGCUGUAAUAAGAAUAAAAUAGAGGAGAGGUCUCAGACGGUCAAGUGCUCAUGUCUUCCUGGACAGGUUGCUGGGACCACCCAUGCCCAACCUUCAUGUGUUGAUGCGUCUAUCGUGCGGAUGAAGUGGUGGUGUCAAAUGGAGCCCUGCUUAAAUGGUGAAGAGUGUAAAGUGUUGCCUGACCUCACUGGCUGGUCCUGCAGCUCUGGGAACAAAAUCAAAACUACCAAGGUCACGAGGUAAAGCAACACUUCUGUGGACAUGUGAUGACAACUCAUAAUUUCACGCGAGCAUAUUUUAAAAUCAGACCUGCAAAUGUCAACAAAACUGCAUGCUUGAGCAGAAAUGUGCAAACUGUGAACUAAGACUGUGAAAAGAGUUAAAACGAUGCAAGGCACUGGCUUCACAAAAUAUUUCUAGUUCAAAUAAAUGCUGUUUUUUACACUAUUUGUCCAGAAUUCUGAAAAAAGUAUCACAGUUUCCAUAAAUAAUUAUGUUUUUAGCAUUGAAAAUAAUAAG